AUGAAAAGAUUGCAGCUCCUACGCUGGAGCGGUGCCGUUGUAUCGCCGCCAAUACGGUCCUGUCGCAGCUCAUAUCUACGGCCCUUUCAGCACCAGAGGAAUGUGAGAUGGCUCUCCUCUGCAGCUGCGCCCGUAAUUCCCGAAAAUGAUCUCCCUUCUCUCCCACACAGCGUCCGAACUCAAAGUCCUCCACUCGCAUCAGCCGAAGAUUUCACAGCGUCUCCAAAGCUCUCCUCACUCCAUGCUCGACUCUCGUUGCCAGAGCGUCUGCCGCUUCAGACACUGGCUCGCACCCUAAUUGAUGCCUCCGCCGAUACCUCUUCUCAAUUUAACAACCAUUCCUUCUCCGUCCUCGGCAACGACCUCCUCUCCUAUUAUACUACCGAACACCUUAUUACCCAAUAUCCACGGUUACCCAUGUCAGUGCUCUGGACAGCAAUGUAUGCAUACAUAGGCCCAAAGGCAUUGGCCGUCAUGGCCAACGAAUGGGGUGUUGAGCACGCAGCCGAGCCAGGCAGCGAGGUCGAUCCUGCUUACCUCCAAUUCCGGAUAGCAGACCAGCAGACAAUAGAUAAGGAAAGUCAAGAAAUACCAGCCGGAAUAUCUCGUCAGCCUCUACCUGGCGAGAAGUUCAGACGAGGACUCGGCUCGUUGUUUGUAAACGACGUCGAAUUUUCUGAGUGCCGUGACGUCGACCCAAACACCUACGGAGACGCCAUCACACCAACUCGGGCUUCUGCAAACUUCGUCCGAGCCUUAAUGGGCGCUGUCUACCUCCAUGGAGGACGACGUGCCGCAAAGGCCUUCUUCGAGGAACACUUCAAGUCCCGCCAACUACCAAUUGCCGAUCUCUUCGGCUUUACUGAGCCCACACGCGAUCUCUCCAAGCUAUGCAAGCGAGAGGGCUUCGAGGCUCCAGUGGCCAAGGUUAUAAGUGAGACAGGCCGACUCAGCAGACACCCGGUGUUCAUAGUUGGUAUCUUCUCCGGCAAGGACAAACUCGGCGAAGGAGCCGGGUCAAGCUUAACUGAAGCUCGUGUCAGAGCGGCCGUUGCUGCCUUGAAGAGCUGGUACCUUUACAGUCCCCUCAACGCCAGAGUACCCAGCUCGAUGGAAGAAGAAGGUGCGGAACCCUGGAAAAGAGCUCACAUCGAUCCAGGCGAGAUCAUUGUUUAA